AUGGAGGCAGACAUUCCAGGCAGGUUUGACUACCAGGAGCUACUUCAUAACUCUACCUUCUGCCUGGUGCCACGGGGCCGGCGUCUUGGAUCUUUCCGCUUCCUGGAGGCCUUGCAGGCUGCAUGUAUUCCAGUUAUUCUAAGUAAUGGCUGGGAGCUUCCCUUCUCUGAAGUAAUUGACUGGAGGAAAGCUGCCAUCAUUGGCGAUGAGAGGCUGCUAUUACAGGUUCCCUCUAUUACCCGGUCCGUGGGCCAUGACAGGAUCUUGGCUCUCCGCCAGCAAACUCAGUUCCUCUGGGACGCCUACUUCUCCUCCAUAGCCAAAAUAGUCUUAACAACUCUUGAGAUCAUCCAGGACCGCGUGGACUCCCUUAUAUCCAGAAACCGUUUGUUGUGGAAUUCCCUACCUGGUGGUCUGUAUGCACUCCCUCAGUACUCAACUGACGCCGCCCAGUUUCCUUUUUACUAUGCUCUACUGGGUAACAGCCCAUCGCAGCAGUUCACCACUGUGAUCCAUAUGGUAACUCCUCUGCAGUCCCAGAUAUCCCCUGUGGUGAAGCUCAUCAUCGCUGUAGCCAAGUCCAAGUUCUGUGCACAGAUUGUGGUUUUAUGGAACUGCGACAAGCCUUUACCUCCUAGAAACAAGUGGCCCUCCACCAGUGUGCCUCUCACUGUCAUUGAAGGACAGACCAAGACGAUGAGCAGUCGUUUUUUCCCCCAUGACGCCAUCAUCACCGACGCAGUCCUCAGUCUGGAUGAAGACUCUGUUCUCUCAACCAAUGAGGUGGACUUUGCCUUCACUGUAUGGCAAAGUUUUCCCGAGCGUAUUGUUGGUUAUCCAGCAAGGAGCCACUACUGGGAUAGUUCCAGAUCACGCUGGGGCUACACUUCCAAGUGGACCAAUGAGUACUCCAUGGUCCUUACAGGAGCAGCUUUUUACCACAGAUACUAUCACUACUUGUUCACUCACUACAUACCGGCUAGCCUGCUGACAAUGGUGGACCGCAUGGCUAAUUGUGAAGACAUCCUGAUGAACUUCCUCGUUUCGGCCGUGACCAAGCAACCUCCAAUCAAAGUCACACAGAAGAAGCAGUACAAGGAAACCAUGAUGACCCAGGGCUCCAAGGUGUCAUCUCGUUGGGCUGACCCGGACCAUUUCGCCCAGCGACAGAGUUGCAUGAACGCCUUUAGCCACUGGCUAGGUUUCAUGCCCUUAGUGCACUCCCAGAUGAGGUUGGACCCAGUGUUGUUCAGAGACCAGGUUUCCAUCCUGAGGAAGAAGUACAGGGACAUUGAGAGGUUGUGAACACACAAGGACACGACAAAUCACAGUAGAGGCUGGAGAGCUGUGUGUGUGUCCUGAAUGACUGUUUAUGAGGCUAUAAAGGAAAAUUCACACAUGCACUGGACAUAAAAGUGAUAAAACACUGAGGUAUCUGCAAGACCUUUAAAUGCAAAUUUCUAUGGGAAAAAAAAAGCUUCUGUACAUGUGGUUGGUUACAGUGAGCAACUGUGCAUAGCUGCCAUCUGUGACAAUACACAUAAUAUGAAUGCAUGUAGACACAUGCAACAAAGACUUGGACACAUUCAAGCUGACCACGUGUACGUAUGUGUUGCAUGGUUUAAACAAGACAAGACUGUGUUUAAAAAAAAAAAUCAAGUAUGUCUACAGUGGAAGUUGACAAACGGCUAAAGAGAUUCGAGGUUGUAUUCAUGAAG